AUGGCACCUACCAAGCAAGCACCCACGCGCCAGGCCAUCACACUCAAGGGGUCUACGAACCUCGUCACCGAAUUCUUCAAGUUUGCUGCCAACACCAUCUUGUUCCAGCGUGGUGUGUAUCCUGCCGAUGACUUUCACAUGGUCAAGAAGUAUGGGCAAACGGUCCUCGUCACACAAGACCUCGCCCUAGAGAAUUACCUUGAUAAGAUUCUCAAGCAGGUUAACAAGUGGCUCCUUACCGGCUCUGUCACGCAGCUCGUGUUAGCCAUCAUCUCGAAAGACUCGAGAACAACUCUAGAACGCUGGGUGUUUGACAUCAACCUUGUCGAGCAACCAGCUGAUUCAUCAGAGCCACCCCACAGGGCACCUGCCAAACCCGAAGCGGAGAUACAGGCAGAGAUACGGAAUAUCCUCAAGCAGAUCGUAUCAACGGUCACGUUUCUACCUGUCAUCGACGAGCCGACCGUGUUCAACAUUCUCGCUUACACGUCGGACUCCGCUGAUAUCCCAGCUGACGAAUGGGUGGAUACAGACCCUCUCGCCAUCGAGGCUAGCAAGAGUCAGCAAGUGAAGCUUCGAAGCUUCAGCACAGAUGUCCAUCGGAUCGAAGCGAUGGUAGCUUACAGGUACGAGGGGUGA